AUGGACACCACGCUUCCAGACGCAUCUGGUCCGUCUCGGGCAGAUAUGGAUGCCACAGCUCUGGAGGCUACGACUAUCACUGUACCCCGACCAAAGGCACUAGUGAAGGUAGAAGAGCCCCCGAAAUUCGACCUUGAUACUUACAUUGCAAACUACGCUGGGCGUACCCGCUAUGACCGUCUUUACCUCAUCGGCAUUUGCUCCCCAUUGCUCUCGAUCGACGCCCUCAAGGGUGCCAUCGACGAAGCUAAAAUCAACAAAGACGUUUCGAGAUAUGAGAAGGCGGUCCGCGCACUGGCGGAGGUAGCUCCGAGCGACCCUGAUGCUUCUCUUGACGCCGCCUGGGUCCAGGAAACCAAUCGAUACGUACAGACUCAGACUGAGCGUCUGGAACAUGAGCUACGGGGAUACAAAAAUAAUUUGAUUAAAGAAAGCAUCCGCAUGGGCCAUGAGGAUUUGGGCAACCAUCAUUACAAGACUGGUGAUCUAGCUGCUGCCUCCAAAGCUUACUCUCGCAUGAGAGACUACUGCACUACUCCGAACCACAUUACUUCUAUGCUCUUCAAGAUGGUAAACGUCGCUACUGAACGCGGUGACUGGAUGUCUGUACAGUCAAAUGUGCACCGGCUACGCAACUCUCAGUCAAAGCCAGAUGACGCAGCCAAAAACAUUUCGAAAAUCACAGCCGCCUCUGCUCUGUCACAGAUGCACCAAACCUUGUACCUCGAUGCAGCAAACUCUUUCCUGUCCAUCCCGCCGGACCUGGGCGACACCUACAAUGAAGUCAUCACCCCCAACGAUGUCGCCGUCUACGGUGGUCUAUGUGCUCUCGCCUCUAUGAACCGCGACGAUCUGCAGAAAAAUGUGCUUGACAACCAGACUUUCCGCACCUUCCUCGAGCUCGAGCCUCAUAUCCGCCGCGCCAUCGUUUUCUUCUGCAACUUCAAGUUCCGCCAAUGCCUUGACAUUCUCGAAGCUUAUCGCCCUGACUACUUACUCGACAUUCACCUUCAGCGUCACAUCCCUCAAUUGUACAAACGCAUUCGCACCAAAUCCAUCGAGCAGUACAUGAUUCCUUUUAGUCGUGUCACACUCGAUUCCAUGGCGAAGAUCUUUGCCCCUACGGUCGUUGGCGGCGAAGCGCGUCCGACGGAUAUUUCGUCGCCGUUUGUCCAAGAACUAAUCGGCCUCAUUCAAGGUGGCAUUCUGAACGCUCGCAUCGACCUUGAGAAGGGGUUGUUGGUGUCGAACCAGAUCGAUCUACGGGCAGAGGUGCAGCGUAACACUCUGGAGAGCCUACGCGAAUUCAACCAGGAGGCCCAUUGGCGGAUUCUGCAUGCCGCUUUUAUUCGAGCAGGACUAGAGGUCAAACCUGACGAAGCAGAUGGAUCUGAACAAGGACAUGGAGGACGGUUUCCGUAA